AGCUUGAAAACAGGGAUGCUGCAAACCGCCAUAUUGCGGUGGAAAAACACGUGAUAAUAACAUGCAAUUAUUGCACUUUGGAUGCACAAUAGCUGGGACGUGACGUGGAGAGGCGGGAAAACAACUCGUGGUGUCUCCAGGCGCUGCAAUCAAGGCGGGUUUGAUUACAUAAGAAGCAUAUGCAUGACAUCAUCACAGCAGGAUUAGAGCUGGCGGAGGGGGGCGGGGCUUCAGCAGAAGGCACACGCAGCAUCAAAGGGAGCAGAAGCUAAAAGCGCGGCAGGAUUAGGAGGACCCCCGCUUCAGCACCACCCGAGUGUCCCCCUCCUGGAUUCAGACCGAGGAUGCUGGCUGAUCUUUGAAGGAGCGUCACAGCAGCACCAGCAGCUCCUUUUUAUCCGUGAGCUGAUUCGCCACAAAGCAUGGGCACAGCCGAGGCCACACUACGUAUGGACAGCAUGGAGGUGAAGGACGAGUGGCAGGAUGAAGACUUCCCCAGGCCUCUACCAGAAGAUGGAGACGGCCUCACCGACGCCAGAAGCAACCCCCCCAGCAGUCUGAACGUGGGACAGUCCAGGGACCACCAGUCCAAGCGGCGCACGCUGACCGCCCCCGACAUGAACCUGUCGCUGGAGCAGAGCGAGGGCUCGGUGCUCUCCGACGACCUGGACAUCAACGUGGACGACAUGGAGACGCCCGACGACACCGACUCGCUGGGGUCCAUCAAUAACGCCAACGAGCUGGAGUGGGAAGACGACACUCCCGUGGCCACCGCCAAGUGUCUUCCGGGCGAAGGAGGCGAGGAGGAGCGAGACUCGUCAGGCCGUCUGUGGCGAACUGUGAUCAUCGGGGACCAGGAACAACGCAUCGACAUGCAGGUCAUCAGACCUUACCUGAGGGUGGUCACACACGGAGGUUAUUACGGAGAAGGUCUGAACGCCAUCAUUGUGUUCGCGGCCUGCUACCUUCCCGACAGCAGCUGUGACGACUACGCGUACAUCAUGGAGAACCUCUUCCUGUACGUGGUGAGCAGCCUGGAGCUCCUGGUGGCCGACGACUACAUGAUCGUGUAUCUGAACGGAGCCACGCCUCGCAGGAAGAUGCCCGGCAUCGGCUGGCUGAAGAGAUGCUACCAGAUGAUCGACAGGAAGUUGAGGAAGAACCUGAAAUGUCUCAUCAUUGCUCACCCGACGUGGUUCAUCAGGACCGUCCUGGCCAUCUCGCGGCCUUUCAUCAGCGUGAAGUUUUUGGAUAAGAUUCGAUACGUGCACACACUGGAGGAGCUCAACCAGCUCAUCCCCAUGGAGCAUGUCCAGGUGCCGGACUGUGUGUUGCAGUACGACGAUGAAAAGAUCAAAGCCAGAAGGGACCAAGAGCAGCAACCCGCCAAGGCCUCGACGCUGCUGCCUAAAGAAAGGCCAAAGUCGACCGUCGCCGAGAUCGGCCGUGACAUGUGACACCAAGAUCUGUGACUGGCCAAGAGUGGAUCUGUGCCAUGCAAGACAAUCAUUUGUCAUUCAGAUCCAACAGAUGUGUCAAUCUAUUUUUGAGACAGGUGUCUUGUGUUUCCUUAUUAUCGUUCUGAUGAUUGGCAUGAUGGUGAUGUUGUUGAUGGACCUCCUGGUAACGAUGCAACGGUGGCAUGCUUGUUGAUACCUCUUUGUUGCUGUUGUCUUCUCCUUUUUUUAAGUUGUUUGCCAGCUGGAAAUCAUCAGCUGCUACAAAUAUUAAUGUGUAAAUAUUUGCUGUUUGUAAAAGAAUAAUAAACAUGUCUGUCAUGCAACACGUUAUUCUAUUUAACCGCGACAUCUUAAAGUGGGAAACUGGGAUAGGCUCCAGCACCCCCAUGACCUUGAGAGGGACAAGCGGUAGAAAACUUGGAGUGGAACUGCACUUUUCGGGAGUUUUGCCAACCUUCCACAAUCAUUAUGAAAGACAUGUUGACGGAUGUUUUUUAAUGCAUUCUAGCUCCACAAUUUUGCUAAAAAAAUCCGCUAAAUAACCAUUCAAAAAACGCCAACAAUACUUAAUUUAUAGUUGGUGACUUGAGUAUUAAUCAAGUAUUAAUAAUACUAUAAACGCUAACGCAGACAAACUAUAAAUAAUGACUACCGUGUGUCCCUAUGUUUACAUCGAGUGGUCUGCUGCUUCCUCGCUUCCCUACUCCCUGUAAGUAAGUUUAUUGUAGGUCAUAAAUCAUGCAUCUAACCUGGACAGAAGAAGUCUGAGUAGGUAUUCCGACAAGUUACUACACUUCGACAGCCAUUUAGGACCUGAAAAUAGCGAGACCUCACCCCCACCCCGUUUCUUUGUAAAGAUUAUGAAACAUUCUUCACCUAAAUAGGAAUAUAUGAACAUCCCAGCAAUCUGCAUCCUAAUGACAGCAGACCUUGUACAGUAAGUGAUAUUUUAUUAUGUUUGUUGGCUUUCAUAAAGUCUGCAGUGACAAAUAAUCAGCAGUGAAAAAACAAAUGCGCCUUGAAUGCUGAAAAUGAGCAAAGUACGUAAAUAUUAAAUGUUAUUAAAGAUGUGCCCGUUACUACAUAUAUACUUAGGUCAUGUAUAUAAAACCUCAAUGGAGGUGUUUGGGUGUUUUUUUUUAAGAGAUAUGUAAGUGGAAUUGCGCGGCGACUGAGUCCUACUUUGUUUAUAGCGGCAAGAUACAGUGACGUGCUGUCAGGGGAGGCAAGUGAGUCAGUGCCUCACCUGCCACCAGGUGGCUUAACCAUGAGAUGUUCCAAAACGAAGUAAUAAGAUAAAAUAAGUUUUAAUAUUUCUCUUUUUGGUUCAUGCUUUCUAUGUGAUUUUGGUGUGGUCCCGGUAAAUUUUGAUAAAUUUCAUGGUCAAAAUCGCGGCAAUUCCAUGUUUCCUGAUCGAAACAAUGCAGCAGAUGAGAAGUGAGGCAGACACAGGCGGUGCCUCCAUGGCUACACACAGUGUGUAUUGGGCAUGCGUGCGAGGGGGCGCAUGCUUGUUUUCACGUGGAAAAGGCAAGUCUUGAGGCAGAAAGUACCUUUGCCUCAAGGUAGGGGGUGAUACAUUGUCAACUUGCAGUUCAAUGCCUCAGCAGUACUCUGACUCGCCACACUGGGAGAAGUGGGGGCGCUCCAGCUAGCGGACACAGGUCUCUCCAGCAGAAGCCGGCAUUGUUUUCUUUUCUUUUCUUUUUUAACUGUAUUUAUGGCAUUUUUAUUAGAGUAAGCCAGCGUUUGUGGGUGUUUAAUAUUGUUUAAUUUCUUGGAAUAAGAUUGAACGAAAUGAAUGUGUCUGCCAAUAUGGAGGAUUAUAUACUGUAUCCAAGAUGAAAUACUUCUCUAAACUGGACUUUAAGACAAAAUUAAUGCGAUCGUACAAAGUACAUUUUUAUGGAGAAUAGCUAUUGCUGCCUCAGAUACAAAUACAGAAAGGUAAAUUACACUCACAAUACUUGAUUUAUUUUGCUAAAAGCAAAUGUGUCAUGAUCUGUUACCCGGAUCAUGUCAUAUUUUGGUUUUGUUCCGUUUCUGUAUCGUAUUUCGUUGGUAUUUGACUUCCUUAGUUCCUGGUGGCACUUCCUGUUUUGUUCUGUUGCCAUAGUUACGCCUCUUGUUUUUUACGCGCACCUGCCUCGUGAUUACCAUCCUUAUUUAAGCCUGCCUUUUCCGUUCACUCGUCCAAGCUCCCUAGUAGUUUCUGUUCCAUGCAACAGGUGACGACGCUGAUUCCCGAUUGUGGUGAAGAACUGUUUUUUGUACUUGCUAGCUUCCGCGCUAUACUUCCUGUUUUUCUAGCUCUUUGUUUUUCCUGUUUAUGCCUAGUGCAAGUUUUCUGUUCAUAGUCUGCUCUUUAGAGUAAAUAAAUCAUCCUUUUUACCUUUACGCUGUGUCCAAGUCCGACUGCAUAUUUGAGAGAACGAACCCGCACCACGAUGCCAGCUAACCGUCACAAAAUGGGACCAAAAAGUAUUUAAUAACAACUUUAUCACUUUUGGACCCAUUUAUCAUAUAAUAUCAUCAUGAUAAUGUUUUUAUGAAAGCGAAUAACUCCCUUUUAUCCCCUGUAACUCUAAUGUGCAACAUAAAUCAACAAUGACUAGAGUGACAGAUGUGAAUUUAAGUAAAAAAGUAGAAAAAAGAGUAUGUAUGCCUCACCUGGUGUUUAGUUGACCAAACGUCACUUGCAAGAUACGAUGCAAGACUUUACAGCAGCCGUCACUCGAGUGGCGUUACAACACAAAUAUGCAUGACGCUGCUGGCUCCUGCACUAAAUAUAGCUCCCUGACAAAUACAAUAAUAAAAAUAUUUAAAAAAAAGAUCUAAUUCCACUUGAGUCACAAUUUAAAUUACGUCUCCCAGACCCCACUUCUUACAGUGUGGUUGUUUGGCAGCUUGUACUGCAAAAACUGAAAUCUAAGUGAGGAAAUCAAAUAAGGGUGAUGUUUGCUUAUUUUCUACCUGAUAAGAUCAUUCUUCUCACUAAGCAGAUUUUAUGUUAGGGUCUUUUAAUUGUUUUAAGGGUUUUUGGCCCUAAAUGAUCUCAGUCUGAGAUGUGAUGACACGUAUCAGGGGUCGGCAACCCAAAAUGUUGAAAGAGCCAUAUUGGACCAAAAAUACAAAAACAAAUCCGUCUCGAGCCGCAAAAAAUUAAAAGCCUUAUUACAUACAGAUAGUGUGUCAUGAGAUAUAAAUUGAAUUAUGAGGACUUAAAGCAGGGGUCGGGAACCUUUAUGGCUGAGAGAGCCAUAAAUGCCAAAUAUUUUAAAAAGUAUUUCCGUGAGAGCAUUUUUUUUUUUUAACAUUGAAUACAAUUAAAUGCGUGCAUUUUUAAGUAAGACCAACAUUUUUAGAGUACAAUAAGUCUCUUAUUGUUUUUAAUAACAUUGUUAUUCUGACAAUAAAUAAAAUGCUUCUUACCAUUAAUGCCACUUCUUGAGCAGGUGCGGUAGAAACCGGCUGGACGGAUUAAAUGCAUGGGAAUGUUUCAUAUUUUGAAAGUUAUUUUUGACACUGUGAUUACCAGCGGAAUUAUUCAUUACUUGCCAUGCUAAGCAAUGUCAGCUAAGAUUUAUCUGAGAGCCAGGGGCAGUCAUCAAAAGAGCCACAUCUGGCUCUAGAGCCAUAGGUUCCCUACCCCUGACUUAAAGGAAACAAAAUGAGCUCAAAUAUAUCUACAAAUGAGGCAUAAUGAUGCAAUAUGUACAUACAGCUAGCCUAAAUAGCAUGUUAGCAUCGAUUAGCUUGCAGUCAUGCAUUGACCAAAUAUGUCUGAUUAGCACUCCACACAAGUCAAUAACAUCAAUAAAACUCACCUUUGUGCAUUCAUGCACAACGUUAAAAGUUUGGUGGACAAAAUGAGGCAGAAAAAGAAGUGGCAUAAAACACGUCUUAGAAAGUCGGAGAAAGUUAUACAUGUAAACAAACUACAGAAACCAUAUUAAAACAAAAAAUGUUUUUCCCCCCCCCCUCAUCUUUUUCCAUGUUUUAUAUAUUUUUGAAAAAGCUCCUGAAAGCCACUAGGGCGGGUUGCCAACCCCUGAUGUAAACAAACUGCGGUGAGUUCAAGGACGGCCAAAAGUAGUAGGACAAAACGGCGCUCGCCAAAUACUCGAAUCAGUGAAGCAUGUUUAAUAUAAACAGUGUGCUUUAUAGCAAUCAUGUCUCGAUCCGGGACUCUGAUCGUUUAUGGUUUUGCCUUUUGAUAUGUUUUUCAUCAUGUUUGUUUCUGGACUCUGCCGAUCCUUGUGUUUGAGCACUUCCUCGUUUGUUUUAGUCACCAUGGCAACGUAUUGUGCUCCUCCUCACGGGCUCCUGUCACACACCUGUUUCUAGUAGAAGCAUUUAAGUCUCACCUUAAAACUCAUUUGUAUACUCUAGCCUU